UCAGUUACCCAUCAGGACCCUAAGCACAAAGUCGUGCGCAAUCAGCAAAACCAGCUAACGCAAUAGCAUAAGCAACAGGACCAGUAGCCAAGGCCAGAAAUACUAAGCAAGACCCAUCCACAGAAUAAGUUCGACAAGCAGCAAACAUCAAGUCUUAAGCCCUCACCCUGAAAAAAACGGCCUUUCUGGAAUAACCAGCACAGUCACAGAUUUCAGACACUAACCAUCUAAGAACUUUUUUUUUUGUGAAUUUAGCUGAAACAUUUCCGUCAGUGCAAAGUGCAAAAGGCAUACAGUUUUAAAAGUGUAGUUUCGUAACUUCUUCAAAAGUUUCUGCGUGUGGCGGAGCUCCCUCUGAACCAUCAAAGUGCUUCCAUUACUACCGUUUCUAAAUUUUGGCGCCAGAAGUUAAAGACAGGAUGAUUUUGGUAAUCAUGGUCGUAAGCGCCAGCAUUCUUAUCUUCCUGGGAACUUGCAUCUGCAUGACGUGUACCGUAUGCUGACUAGACGGAUCACCCCCGGAGCGGCUUCGACCGAAAGCACGGCCAGAGUCUCCGCCAAUACCAAUACCACCACCACGGCCACGAAGCCCAAUAUCCAUACCAGUAACACCACCAUUACCAUCGCCGAUCCACGUUUAAGUGCAGAUUUAUGUUUUAUUUAUAUCCUAUCUUUUUUAUGCCACUGAUGCUGUCACUGAGUUCGCGGAACUCAGACGAAACAACCAUCGAACCAAUCGAAGAGUCACUGCCAAAAAGCGACGACGAAGAGCCAGCAGCCAUUGACACUGCCCCAACAUCAAAAGCCCCAGCAACAGCAACUGCCAAAGUAACAACUGAUAUACCGAACCGUUCAAAGAAAAACGGGGAAAAACUAUAAUAAUUGGUUAAAAUAAGUUAUACUUUCUUCUUUCCAAGCACCAAAGAGCACACCACACCAGCACUUUCAACAAUCAACAAUCAAAAACUUCAACUAUACAUAACUAAAACUACAACGUGUUGCAAAAUCCACAACACCAGUGAAGAAAAGCGCCAGAGCAGCGCAGCAGCCAACGUGAGCGUCAUCAUUGCCCUUCGCACGUCUCUGGGGCAAAACAACAACAAUGAUAACGAGGCUAUACCACACCGAAGAGGAUCCCGCCUACUGUUCGUUUAUCUGGGGGUCUAAUCUCAGCAGCUCCACUGAUGUUCUGGACGCAGCUGCCAAUGCCACGCCCGUCUUUGGCACCGACUUGCGCGAUGACAUCUACCGGGAUGUGGAGGAUCCACGUACGCAGACUCUCCGUGAGUACUGCUAUGGGAUUUUGCUGCCCAUCAUCUGUGCAAUGGGAAUCAUUGGCAAUGUACUCAAUUUAAUUGUGCUUACCCGUCGCAACAUGCGUGGCACCGCCUACAUUUAUAUGCGGGCAUACUCCGCCGCAGCACUGCUUGCGAUUCUAUUCGCAAUACCCUUCGGCAUCCGUAUGCAGGUCCACAAGGAUCGGGGACAGUGGGAGGAGUUCGGUCCCGCCUUCUACACGGCUCACUUGGAACUCUACUUGGGCAACGGGUGCUUGGGUGUGGGCGUGAUGAUGCUUCUCGUACUGACACUCGAGCGCUAUGUCUCGGUAUGCCAUCCUGGAGUCACGCGCCCCGUCAUGGGACGGCCUGGAUUGGUGGUCUUUCUCACCUCUUUGGUUACCAUCAUCGCGUACUUGCCGAGCAUCUUCCGGGGCGAGCUGAUUAAGUGCAUUCUCUCCUCUCCCGAUGUCUAUGUUUAUCUACGACGCGAUAACACUAUCUACCAGCAAACCAUGUUCUACAAGGUAUACAAGAUCAUGCUGGAGAUGGUCUUUAAGUUGAUUCCGACAGUGGUGAUCGGAGGCCUGAACUUGCAGAUUAUGAUUGUAUACCGACAAACUUGCGAACGCCGCCGCCAAAUGGUUUUGACCCGGGCCAACUCGAACUUCCACAAGGACGAUGACCCGAGGAAGUUUGCGGAGGAGCGUCGUUUAUUUCUUCUGCUGGGUAGCACAUCGAUCCUAUUCUUGGUCUGCGUUUCGCCGAUGGCUAUACUUCACAUGACCAUCGCCUCGGAAGUGUAUCCGAGCUUCCCGUUUCAGGUCUUCCGUGCGAGUGCUAAUCUUUUGGAACUGAUCAACUAUUCGCUUACCUUCUACAUCUACUGCCUCUUCAGCGAGGACUUCCGCAAUACCCUCUUCCGCACCUUCAAGUGGCCCUGGCUGAAGGGACAGUUGUGCCACCAGGUGGACCUGGAGGUGAGUGCUAGCCCCCCGGCGACUGCGGCCACAGCUGCAGCUACACCUCAAGCAGGCAAUAGUUCUAAUUAUACCACUACUGUCACUAUACCCAAAUGCAUGCCACGAUUGCCAAACCCGACUCGCCACCCACAUCAAUUAGCCCGUCCAGACAGAAAGGGGCAUGCCAAUGGUGCACUUCGCGAAGGUGUCCAAGCAUCCCCAUUUCAACCGCAAUAAAACAGAUACCACCACAUCGAGCCUUGAUUUGGGACGCUCUACCAGCAUCUAGCCUCGACAGUUUAACCCCCACAUUACCACCACGACCGUUUAAGCACUCAAGCACAUCCCAUCUAUCCUGCAGACACCACCUUUCCACACUCCAAGAUCGAGCCCGAGUCUGAGACUUAUCCUGUCAAUAUCAAGCAUUAAGUUUGAACUAUCAAUAACGAUAGCGCGUAUUCAUGACGACUAACGUACAAAAUACAUGUCUUUGUCUUUUGAAUAUCUAGAUGUCCACUUAUAAGUAACUUAAUAAUAUUAUUAACAUAUUUAUAUGUACACACUGAUUGGUAGUUCUACGCUGAGUGAUACCAAGUGUAUUUGAAAGACAGAUAAGAAAUGUCAAUACAUAGAUUUCAGUCCACACACACACAAAGAAAGUUGGGGAAGAGUUUAAACACCAUCGUAUGUUGUAUGGUGUAGUAUACGUUAACAUAUUCACUCAUGUACGGUCUACGGUCUGAAACAUGUAGAAGCUUGUUUCGGAAUAGUUAGAUAGAAUACUCGAAUACUAUACGAGCUUAGCUACAGAUAAACAGAAGGGCAUGAAAAACAAAACUAUAGUAAAAUACAUGAGAAUACGUAAGUAUACAUAAGUUUAGUCGAUACGAUAUUCGCGAAAGCUUAGCUGCAGACGAAUAUAAAGAAAAAAACAGAAGAAUAUGGGAGAAAAAAAGACAGAUUGGGAGAAAGAGAGAGAGAGAGUUUUUUUUGGAGCUCCGAUAUUCCCUACGGUAUGAACUUACUUUCUAUCAUCUCGAUAAGAUAUACAUAUACAUACAUAUAUUGUAGAGUAUACGCUACUCUGAACGUUAUGUAACAUCUUAGAUAAUGUGCUACGCCAUACAAUUCAUAAAAAAUGUUCUUUGGGAAAGACAGAAAUUUCUCGAAACAGAUUUCUCGAGCUUAAGUGCAAAAAAAAACUGAUCGGUAUUCAGGAUUUAGUUAAGAUCGAUAUUUGGCGUUAUAUUAAAAAAAAAAAA